UUCUUUGCGGCUUGAAUACAUUUAAACAUCCACUUUGUGUCCGCUGUUCGGGGCAAAUCGUCUUUUUUCGUUUCAACCGCGGACUGUGCCGUCCGUCGGUAGCACAAGCAAGAAGCUGCCUGUGAGGGGAUCCGAGUCUCAUGUGGACAUCAGCUGUACGGGGAUAAACACGGACUCCUCCUGUCGCUGGCAAAGAUGGCUCACCUUACUGCACUUUUCAAGUAUGUGGACGAACACCAGGAUCUGUAUGUGCAGCGCCUCGCUGAAUGGGUCGAAGUCCAGAGCGUGUCUGCUUGGCCAGAGAAGCGAGGGGAGAUCAAGAAGAUGAUGGAGAUGGCAGCCAAGGACAUUGAGAAGCUGGGGGGCACAGUGGAGAUGGUGGACAUUGGCAAACAGAAGCUUCACUCUGGAGAGGAGAUCCCCCUGCCUCCUAUUGUCCUGGGGCGUUUGGGGUCAGACCCGGGUAAGAAGACUGUGUGUAUCUACGGCCACCUUGAUGUCCAGCCAGCCAGUAUUGAUGACGGCUGGGAUACGGAGCCUUUCACUCUGGUGGAGAAAGAUGGUAAACUCUAUGGAAGAGGCUCCACUGACGACAAGGGUCCAGUGUUGGCUUGGUUUAACUGCAUCGAGGCCUACCAGAAGAUCCAACAGGAGCUUCCCAUCAACAUCAAAUUCUGCUUCGAGGGGAUGGAGGAAUCUGGAUCUGAGGGCCUGGAUGAACUGGUGUUUUCUCGAAAAGACACCUUCUUAAAAGACGUGGACUAUGUCUGCAUCUCUGACAACUACUGGCUGGGCAAGACCAAACCCUGCAUCACCUACGGUCUGAGAGGAAUCUGCUACUUCUUCAUUGAGGUUGAGUGCUGUGAGAAGGACCUACAUUCGGGGGUGUUUGGUGGCUCUGUUCAUGAGGCCAUGACUGACCUUAUUACACUUAUGGGCUCCCUAGUAGACAAGAAGGGGAAGCUUUUGAUUCCGGGGAUUUAUGACGAUGUUGCCCCUCUGACAGAUGACGAAAAAAAGCUGUAUGAAAAAAUUGAUUUUGACUUGGAUGAGUACUGCAAAGACGUUGGAGUUAAACACCUGCUGCAUGAAACCAAGGAGCAAAUCCUGAUGCACCGCUGGAGGUACCCAUCUCUUUCUCUUCAUGGUAUUGAGGGUGCUUUCUCUGAAGCAGGAGCCAAGACGGUUAUCCCCCGAAAGGUCAUCGGCAAGUUCUCCAUCCGCCUCGUCCCUGACAUGGACCCCAAAGUUGUGGAGAAGCAGGUUAUCGACCAUCUGCAGAAGAAAUUUGCUGAACUGGGAACCCCCAACAAAAUGAAAGUGUACAUGGGCCACGGAGCAAAGGCCUGGGUCUCCGACUUCAACCACCCGCACUACAUGGCUGGUCGAAAGGCCAUGAAGACAGUCUUUGGUGUGGAGCCUGACCUGACUCGUGAAGGGGGAAGCAUCCCCGUCACCCUGACAUUUCAGGAGGCCACAGGGCGUAAUGUCAUGCUGCUUCCUGUUGGGUCCUCUGAUGAUGGAGCCCACUCCCAGAACGAGAAAAUCAACAGAUCCAACUACAUUCAGGGAAUCAAGAUGCUGGGUGCAUACUUCCAUGAGGUUUCCCAGCUGGAAUGAAAUGAUACCUCAUCAUGAAAACUGAAAAAUAACCUCCAUCCUCCCUAUCACAGCCAUAGCCUUAGUGGUAUGAUUUAUCUUCCACAGUAUAUUAUACACACUGCCUCCUAAUAAUAAAAGUGUUUUUCUUUGUUACA